AUGGCCCAGGCUGCAGCGGGUAACGUUCUCCGUGCAUCGUUGUUUGCCGUGCCGGUGGCGUUGGCGUUCCAUGACGUCAUAGGGUCCCCCGUGCAAGUGGAAGGGAGGUCGAUGCAGCCAGCGAUCAACCCGCACUUGGGCCCAGAGAGCCAACAAGGCGAAAGCUUGGACGUGGUGUGGCAGGACAAGCGGAGCAUCUCGAGACACAUCUACGAGCGAGGGUCCAUCGUCGUCUUCAGGAAUCCCUUUGACCCGAAAGAGCGGGUCGUGAAGCGACUGAUCGGCGUCGAUGGCGACUGGGUGCGACCAAGGGGCAACAAGCACAACCUCAUGAGAGUGCCGGAGGGAUACUGCUGGGUAGAGGGUGACAAUCACGGGGUCAGCGGAGACAGCAAUCAUUUUGGACCGAUACCGCUGGCGCUCAUCGAGGCGAAAGUGACCCACGUUUUGUGGCCACCAGGCAGAAUGCGCAGCCUGGGCCAAGAUUUGCCGGAAAUCCACCGCGGUUUGAAUCCAUCCCAAGCGUGA